AUGUCAGAUACAGAGGAUACAAAAGAAGUGGAUCAGACCGUGAGUCUUCGAAACAGCAAGAGUAUCACUGUGCCAUUCAAAUUGAAUGGUUGGAAUUACCCGUUAUGGGCGCGUUUGAUCAAAGUAAAGAUUGGAGGCAGGGGUGCAUACCCAUACAUCAAGAACGAUCCCCCAGAACCGGGGAGUAAAGGCUAUGACGAAUGGGAAGAGAACGACCUCGUGGUAUUCUCGUGGAUUUUCGAUAACAUUGAAAACGACAUAAUUGCCGAUUUCGCACACCAUCAAACGGCGAAAGCCUUGUGGGACAACCUUGCCGUAACGUUCGAGAGCAAAGUCGAUCGAUACAUCAUCUAUGACCUGGAAGAGAAGGCGAUUAACAUCAAACAAGGAAGUAUGGACCUUGAAACAUACUACAGAAAUAUCCACGGAUUGUGGAUUAAUAUAGAUCGAAGCCAGAAACAACCAAUCAGCCGCUGUGACAAGGGGAUCGAACAAUUCAGAAACUACUCAAACUCCAAGAGGCUCAUCAAGUUCCUGACCGGAUUAAAUCAGGAAUACGACGCAAUCCGUAGGGAAAUUCUGAAGGAGGAACCGACGCCAUCAGUGGAGGCGGCGUAUGGGUGGGUGAAGACGGAGGUGGCUCGAUGGAGAAUCAUGCCACCGACGUCGCCCUCACCCACCGACGAAGCCAACGGCGGAACCGAAUCAUCAUUAGGCAGAAUCAGACAAGGGAUAUUCAGACGAGGAGGAUUCUUGGGCGUGGCACUGAGAAGCAGUGGCUCUAUUACAUGGUCGAGUUAG